AUGGACCUUCUCCUCCUCCUUUUCCUCCUCCUUCUCCCCCUCACCUCUGCUCAACCCAACUUCACCUUCAACCACCUCUGGUCCCUGACCACCCACUUCUGGGACAACUUCCUCUACCCUGCCAACCUCGCCCACAUCAGCGAUAAUGACACCUCCAUCUUCACAGCCAGUGUCCAAGGCCGCGUCGACGUGACUCGCACCUUCACCUCCCGCGACCUCAACAACGAGUAUAUCUUCGGACUCUUCUCUCAGCCCAAUCACCCGGGGCUCUUCGGCAUCCCGAUCGACUACAACAUCACCCAGUUCGCCGCAACCCAAGACACCGUCGCCUGUACCGCCGUGAUCACCUUCAACAUCACCACCUUCGACCUGGUCGCCCCGGGCGUCAUCACCGCCUGGUUCCAAUUCAGCUCGACCGGCCGCAUCGCCCAAUAUGAUGCCGUCUUCCGCUGGUUGGACUUUCUCUUCGUACCCAUCAUGCAAGCUGCCGGACGCAAGUUCAACGUCUCCGAUCACGCCCUGAUCCAAUCCCGCGUGGCAGAUCUCUUGGCUCGGACGAUCUGUGAGACACACGAGAGGUACUGUCUCGGAGCAAACAGGCAAUACCCCUCCAUGGAGGCGUGUUACGUCUUCCUGACCCGGGAUAUCCGGUUCGGGCAGCCGUACGAGAUGGGACGGAACACCCUGCUGUGUCGCGAGGUGCACGAUAACAUGGUCCGCUACAACCCGGAUGUGCAUUGCCCCCAUAUCGGCCCGACUGGAGGCGCUUAUUGCGUCGACGAUCAGACGUACCAGGAGGUGGUGUUGGAGCGGUAUUUCCGGGAGUCGUGGGUGCCCGAGAAUUAUGCGGAGGAUAAUGUGUGGGUGGCGUUGUGA